UUUUGGGUUUUCUCCCGCUUCUCAGUUUUAUGAUAUAUGUGACACUUAAGAUAAAUAAGCAUGUCUUCAAUGCGAGUGUGUUCCCUCUGUUCUUUCGUUGUUGUUUCCUGAGAGUUAAAAGGGAAAGUAGACGGGAAAUUGGUUGAUUCCUUCACUUUUAAAUAAUGGACAAUCUUACUAUUGGAACACUGGCUGUUGGACUAUGAGAAUGUCUCGUUGAUGUCGAGGACAUAUAAAGGUGCUUCAGAACGAUAUGAAAGUUGUGAGAGACAAGAUGAGACUACCAAAAAAGGGUUGUGUUUGUUGGAGCUAAGACGCACAGGGAUGGUGCAGUGGGGUGUCUGUGGGCCAGUUGCUCUUGUUGACCAGUGCGAGGGAGAUAAACCUCAAAUUUCAUCCUCCUGUGUCAAAGAAGAGCAGAUGGAUGAUGACGAAGCUGUGACAGCAGCAUCUCUUGUGUCACCCAAAUUGCAGAAGAGGAGGCGCCUUAACCUUUGCCAGCUUAGAGAAGCUAGAGCUGCAAGAUGUCUGAGGCAAGGGCAAACUGACAGUCAUAAGCAAAUUAAGCAUGAGAAUCCCUUUCCUUGCAAAAAAGAUAAUUCUUCAUCAAGGAAAAAGGAGAACUUCAUAGACAGAUGGUCCAAAGAGAGGUAUAAGCUGGCAGAGAAACGAAUGCUGGAGGUCAUGAAGGCUGAAGGGGCUGUUUUUGAGAAACCUAUUUCCCGGCCAGUACUGAGGGUGGCAGCUCGGAAACACAUUCCUGACACCGGACUCUUGGACCACCUACUGAAGCACAUCGAUGGUAAAGUGGCACCCGGUGGCAGUGAGCGAUUUCGCCGGUGCUAUAACACUCAAGGGGUAAUGGAGUAUUGGCUGGAGAGUGCUGACUUGGUUAAAAUUAAGCAUGAGGCUGGGUUGCCUGAUCCAAAUUGGGUUCCCCCAUCUUGGUGGAAGCCUGGUGGUGAUGUUGUUCGAGAAUCUGUUUCUGCUGGAGAACUGACACUGCUUAAAGAGGAAGUAGCAAAAUUGAAGAGGGAUAUGAAUGAGCUGUUAUUGAAGAACCAAGAGCAAAAUCGAGUUGAUUCAGUUGAGGAGAUGCACAAGGAAUUGAUGAAAUGGAGAAGUAAGACUGAUCAAUGUCUGAUGGAGAUUUCAAGUUCUUUGAGUGGCAUGCAGGACAUGUAUCAGGAGUUGAUGAUGUGGAAGUCCAAAGCUGAACAACAGCUUAUGGAAAUUUCAAAUUCAGUGAGCAGUUUGCAGGCUUCAAAACAAUGCACCACCUUCAGUCCAGUUUCUGAAAGAUGGGAGGACUGGUUGGAGAGCACCAACUUGGAUAAUAUUAAGGGGGAGGACUUCACACCAUGGUUAGGAAGCACUGAUCUGGUUAAUGUUGGGCAAGAUGCUCCACUGCAGGAAUGUUCAGCUCUACAGCCUUGGUUGAAAUCUUGUGAUAGUCCCUCUCGGGACCCCAUUUGUGCUAGAGAGCUGGAACUGCUAAAGGAAGAAAUGGCCAAAGUAAAAAGAGAUGUGCAAUAUCUGCUACCCAAGAGGAUGGAAGAUGCUCAAGCAAGUGUUACCCCUGAUUCAUCUGCUACUAACAGUUUGAAGUUUGAUCUUGACAAUCCAUUUCUUCUUUUUCAGGAAAUGUUCAAGGAGUUGGUGAAAUGGAAGGCUAAGGUGGAGGAACAGAUGCUGGAGAUUUCAAAUUCUGUUAGUACUUUGCAGGCAUCAAAGCAAUAUGCUGCCUGAAGUCCUUGAGUGGAAGUUAGAAAAGAUAGGAUAGGAUGUUAGUCAUUUAGCUUUGGAGAAAACUAGUUUACAUUUAGAGUAGUAGGAUUAGAUUUUGUACAGGUUUUACGGGCUGAAAUAUGAGCUCCUGCUGGUUUUAAAUCAUCAAACCAUGGGAAAGCCAUCUGCCCUUUCGGCCAUCUGAUGAAACUUACCCAAAUCAAAACUUACAUAUGAGCUGCUAAUUUGGUUUUGUGAUCUCAGGCCAUGGAUGAAGCUGUUCAAAGUUGAAUUUUAUUAUUUCACCCUGAGUGGAUUACCUCUAGGCAUGUUUAUUUAUAGUUUUUUUCCUUUUGAUAUUGUAAUAUACAGAUAUUUAUUUUCUAUAGAAUAUGGAGUUAUGCUUC